CCAAGGUACCACCAACAUCUAAUACUACCACCCUUCCACACCAGCCUCCGACGAAACCAUGGAUGAUAAUCGCACAGAAUAUAUCAUAUCAUGAUGCCGACUGAUAUCUAUCCUCCUUCUUCCUCUCGAUCUCAUCCCACUUAACUUCCUCCCACCCAAGCCCCAGCAAGACAACCACACAACAACACACCACCAUCCCUCCCUCCAAUCCUCCAACAUGCAUCUCAAACCCCUCUCAACCCUCCUCGACAUUCCCCCCUCUGGGUUCGAUCCCAACCAUACAUUCACAACCUCAUGGCUCCUACCCCCUCUUCUCCUCUCCCUCAUCCGCCUCUUCAUCUUCCUCUAUUGUCUCGCCACCCAACUCACACACUGGAUCUACUACGGCGUUCACGGCGCCAACACAUUAAGCGGACGAGAAUUCAGUUUCUUCACCGUGCUUACAUUCUGGGGAAUCCUCUUCUAUAAUCUUUUUGCUGGCAUGCAUACUUUGGUAUAUGCAUUGAAAGGACGAUCGUGGCUUGAUGGAUGGCCGCGUGUUCUGCAAGCGUUGCAUAGUUUUCUUUAUACCACCGUGGUGACGUUUCCGUUUUUGGUCACCAUUGUUUAUUGGGCGAUUUUGUAUUCUGGACCGUGGUUUCCUGUGGAGUUUAAUGCUUGGUCGAAUAUUUCUCGCCACGCGCUAAAUGCCCUCUUUGCUCUCAUCGAGAUCGUCCUCCCUGCGACAAACACCCCUCCGUUCCUCCACCUCGUUGGCCUUGUUAUCAUCCUCUUGAUAUAUCUGGCACUUGCAUACCUCACAUAUGCGACACAGGGGUUCUAUGUAUACAGUUUUUUGAACCCGGAUACUGGAACUGGUCGAGUGACGGGAUAUUGUUUUGGGAUAUUUGCGGCUAUUUUGGUUAUUUUCUUGGUUGUAUGGGGUGUGAUUUGGUUAAGAAGACGGUUUACAAGAUCAGGAAAGAAGAGCAGGAAAGAUGUUGAGAGGAGGUUUUCAGUGGAUACAGAUGUUGAAAUGUCCGGUGCAGGAGGGACGAGAACACAGGUGAAAUAAGGUAGUCAUGGGAUAAGUAUUUGGAUAAUGCUAUGAUGGACAGAUUUGGACAAAUUCCCGUAGGGGGAAGGACAAGUAGGCUGAAAAUGGAAUGAUG